AUGCCGCCCAACGUUACCCAGGGAUUUACGGUGGACUGGCUGGAUCCCUUCCGGAAUUAUACCACACACACACCGGAAUGGAACGCCAGUGAGGAAACCACGGGCAAUCACUACCCGGACCUCAUGGGACAUUCGAACCACACCCCGUUCCCAACGAGUGACGUGGUGAACGUGACGGCGGAUCGACAGUUUGUGCUCCCCUGCUGGGUCCAGCUCGUCUACGCGUUUCUGUUCGGAGGAAUGGUGCUCAUCGCGGUGCUGGGCAACGCGACCGUCAUGUGGAUUGUGUUGGCACAUCGCCGCAUGCGCAGUGUGACCAACUACUUUCUCGUGAACCUCUCCGUGGCGGACCUCAUGACGUCGACGUUCAAUGCCGUGUUCAACUUGGUGUACAUGCUGGAGAGCCAUUGGGCCUUCGGCGAGUACUACUGCGUGUUCAGCAACUUUGUGGCCAACUUGACGGUGGCUUCCUCCGCCUUCACAAUGGCAGCCAUGAGCAUCGACAGGUAA